UUUAGUCGAUGGUUCAUUGAAUUGCUAUUGGUUUUUUGUUUUUAAUUUUUUGAUAACCUCACCUCCCGAAAGUCGAAACUUCGAAAAGUUACUUUAAUUGAAUAUUAGGUAUGCAUUAUUUAUAACAUAAUUGCGAAAACGACAAUGGAAGCACAAAAAUUAAAAAAGAAGAAAAACGCAAUCAGCAAAGGCAAGAUAAAGAAAACAAUCAAAAAUGUUAUAUGCCGGCCGGACCCAGUAUAUUGGCCUGUUGUGACUGAAGAUGAAAAAAGUGUUCUUCAAACUGCUCUUGAAAAGCAUCGUGUUUACAUUCCAGAAUUCAAGAAACCACAUUGGAAUGACAUAAAAUUAAUGCCUAAAAACGAAAGACCGCAGCCUCCUCACAUUCAGAAAGUUGACGGGCUGUUGUUUGGAAUAUCGUCAUGUUGUACUAUGGUUGAAACCCAAGCCUGUUCAGGAGUGUUGAUAGAGGCAAAUGUUAAUCCACAAGCAAUCGUUCAACCAAUCAUUGAAGCGUGCACUUCAUCCAAUAUUCCAGUUCUUUGCUUAAAUGAUUUGAGAAAUUUGUGCCUAACUUACUUUGGUAUAAAGACAAGCUGUUUGGGAGUUAAAAAAAACUGCUUACAAGAUCUAAGUAAUAAAAUAAAUGAGAUAUUUAAAAACUACAAAGUGGAGAAAAAGUAUUCACCUAUUCCUAUAAGCUGUCCAGAAAAUGAAAGUUUAAUAAAAAAAGUGAAAAAUGAAGAGUCUCCAAUGGAUAUUGAUGCAUACUGUCCAUAUGUAUAUAGAGCUGAUAGGAAAAGUAGAGCAUUUGUUCCAGAUGCUCAACAAGAUGCUAAAGCUAACAAUCAAUUUACAGGACAGCAUUAUAUUAAAUUACCACAGGAGACUAAAUCGCAUAAGGACAGAAAAGCCUAUUUGAAAAUGAUAUUAAAGAAAGUAUCCAGUAAUCCUCAUAGAGUUAAAGUUAAACAAGAAUCAUGACUAUUCAUAUAGGAAUAAUUUGUAUUGGUAAUUUUAAAUAAAAAGUUUAAGCAAAGGUGUGUUUUACUACUACUUUGAUAGUGUCAGAGUAUGUAUAUCAUUUUAUUAUAACUUCUAUGGAAAACUUAGCAGCUGACUUUAAAACUAGCUACUAAGUUAAUCAUCAUCAGCCCAUUGCUGGUCACGUCUCCUCUCCGAAGGAAAGUUUAGGCCACCAUCCACCAUGCUGACCAAUUUGGCAAAAUCAGCAGACUUCCCACACUUUUGAGAUUAUGGAGAACUGUACACCAGAAUUCAUAGUCAAGACUGGCUUCUUUACACAUAGGUAACUGAAUAGUUACAGUGCGUCCCCAGGACCCUAGACCCCUUGAAUAGAAGAUUGAGGUCAUAACCACUAGGCUAUCAUCACUUUUCAAUAUUUAGCAUCAAUUAAAUUUUUACAAUUGAAAUUCCUGUAGGUAAUGAUUUCUUAUCUAGGAUUCUGAUAAAAUAAUGGACACAUUCUAAUGAGAUAUUUUAUUCUUAGAACUAUGCAUUGCUAUGAUGUCAAUAUAGACAUAUGUAAUUUCAAACAUUCCAUAUUGGGGAAAUUACUUAACUGUACUCAAUACUAAAUUGUCAGUUUGUUAGUAUUUUUAAUUAAUCUAAAAUUGAUUACAUUUGAUUAUCAAAUAACAAGCUAAAGUAAUGUGCUAUACUCCAAAUUCUUUAACAUUUAAAUGGGGUAUAGCACACAAGUAGAUAAUAUUUAUCUUACAUUUGAUGCAUUGCAUUAAGGUUUAUAACAGUUCAAUUUAAUAAAAAUCAAACAACAAAUGGUGUACAAUAUAAUAAUAUAUUAACUACAUCAUAGUAUAUCUAGUGUUUCAAAAUAUGUCUGGCCUCCAGGGCAUCUAAAUGCACUUUACAGAAUGACCAUAUUAGUAAUGUUUUUUAUAAUGCAUUCUACAAAGUCCAUUUUUGAUGUUGCCUAUAAUUUAAUCACAGAUAAACUGUGAUUAUUGUCUUGUUAUAAAGGACUAAUAAUAUAAAAUAUAUUGUCCACUUAAAAUCUACAUAAAACUAUAACCACUAAUAAACUAUCAGAUACAUAACUUUUUACUUGAUACAUAGUACCAAAUAUAAUUUAUACCAUCACAAAAGUUAACAUUACCUUGCAAUACAUGAAAAGCUACCUAUUAUAUAUAUAUAGCUGAAAAUAUGUAUUUUUUUUUUUACAAAUGGGGUUAUAUAUUUAUUUGUGUAGUUACUGGGUAGGCAUAGUAAAGUAUGUGAAUGACAUGAUAUUUAAGAGAUGAUUUAUCACAAUACUAUUCCUCAUUAGUUAUCACGCAUGGAUACUGAACACAUUCAAAACUAAAUAUUACACUAUCCAAUAAUUUUUUAAUUAUGAUUUAGUGAAGUAAUUUACAAAGAACUAGCUCAAUGAAUAUUAGAAGGAAUAUAUCGUAAAGUGGAAGCUGUGGCAGCACAUCUAAUGCCAUAUAACACUGAGUUUUCUAAAACUGUACGAUUGGAUUAUUAGAACAAAAGUUGUAUUAGAUUGUAUAAUCUACUUAAUUAUAUCUUUUCGCUAUUCUUUACAUACAAAAUACAGCUGAUUGACUUAGGUAUUUUGUUAAAAAAUGUGAAUGUCCCUUAAAUAUAUAUAAAGUAGUUAACAUGUCGUAAAUUAAUUGGUUGUUUGGGAAAAUUUAAAGUUGUAUUUGUACAUCCUUACAUCUAAACUUAAAUAAUAAUUAAAUAAGACGCACACUUCUCAGAAGCGUACGUCAUGAAUAAUAAAUUUGAAUGUACAAAGUUAAAUGCCUUUACUGGCGGUAGAUCGAUAUUUUUAACAAACAGUUGGCACUACGUGGAUGCAAGUGUAUUCACAA